AUGUCUCAGACGACGAUUUCAGUGACGGAGAACAUAUUUCCCAAACAAAUGAGCGUAACGAUGAAGAAGAAGUGCCUUCAGGACUUGACAUGCUGGUUCCAGAAAGUAAUUAUGAAUUCGAAGAAAGUGACGAUGAAACUGAGCCGCCACCACCACAAAGACGAAAAACUGAAUCAUAUUCUUGGAUUGAAGCUGACAUAG